AUGUCAAAAUGGCAUGAGAGAACAACUGUGUUGGAUUUGGACAACACCCUUAUCAAUGCAAUGUUAUCUCGUCCUCCUAAAUAUGACUUCACCAUCUCUGUUCAGCACAAUGAUGAGAAAACAUUAACUUACUAUGUGAAGCGGCGAUUUGGUAUGAAUCUUCUUUUCUUUUACUUGAAGAUUUAUAUAUAUGAAAUGAUAAUAUUUACAUCAGCCAGGAAGAAAUAUACAGAUGGAGGCGCUGAUCACUGUCUUUAUAGUGAUUCUUGCAGUCUGGUCCUUGGGAGAUGUGUGAAAGACCUUAGAAAGCUAGGCAGGGAUAUGAAGAAAGUUUUCAUGACAGAUGAUUGUCCUCAUUGCUACCAACUCCAGCAAGAAAAUGGGGUUCUUCUGAAGCCAUUUUUGGUUUCCCCACAUGACAGGGAACUAAUGAGGGUUGUGGACGUGGCUAGAAAGGCAGUGUAG